CCAAAAGCCAGCAGCAGCAGCAGCGGGGUGAGAGUGACCGAGUGAACGAUGGAGGAAUGACGAGGGGACGCCGUCGCAGAGGACAAGAGGGGACUGAAAUGCGCGGAGGGGACACAUCUGUUGUGACUCAAAGGGGAGACGCGACAUCUUCCGGAUAGCGGCAAAAAAUAAUAAUAUAUAUCUAUUUUUAAAACUCCUGAGAGAGGAAUGGUUCGCGUGUCGGAAUUACCGCGAUGGACAAGCGUGUCGAUUUGGGGUUUAUUUAGAUUCUUCUUCCCUUUACUGCCAUUCCGCCAGUCGAGGUGGGCUGAACGGCUGCUUCAACGUAGUUGCGUCGCAAGUCAAAACCAAUAAAACAAAAAAACAAAAACGGCUUUAAAAAAAAAAUGUUGCCCUGUUUUCUCUGUUCGUUUAUUUGUUUUGGGGGGUAAAGGAGGACGUUUCAUUUCUUUUUUUUUGAUCCAAGAGGAGAGACCACCCCCCCCCCCCCCCUUACAUAAAUGUUUGCGUGCCGUUAGUGCUCUCGGUGGACCACCCCUCUCCCGCUGAAUAGGCUGCGGAGUCUCACGCGCGCAGACGGACCUGGACAUCGUCUCCUGCGCACUCAAAUGCACGCACCGUCGUACAAGCAGACCUCACCCCCCCUCACCCGCCCAACCCUCUCACCCUCCACUAUCUGAUGACUCCCCGGCGCAGAGGUGGACGUGGUACGGAACCGACUGUAGCAGCAGCAGCAUCAUCAUCAUCAUCAUCAUCCUCCUUAUCCUCGACUCUGCCACUGUCAUCACCACCCUCCUCUUCCUCACCACCAUGUCCUCGUCGCGCAAGAUCUCGUCCGAGUCCUUCAGCAGCUCGGUGGGGUCGGACUGCGGGCUCGAAAGCCCCGGUGGAGACGCAGGGGACGGCGGGCUCGACCCGGCGGAGGAGCCCCGGGGCUGCCCCUUCUCCUCCCUGCACUCGUCCCGCCGAGCGGUGCUCUGGAACGGCCGCGGCCCGUGCCCGGCGGGCGAGGAGCAGAAGCAGGGACCCGGAGGUCCCCACAAGAGGGUCACCAGGAGGAGACGGGUGAACCUGGACUCGCUGGGCGAGAGCCUGAGGAGACUGACCUCACCCACGACGCAGACUGUGCAGGAGGCUCUGCAGCGAACUCUACAUUUCUACAGACAACAAGAGCUCAGGUGUCAGGAUGUUGCCGGUGAGGAGAGGCAGCGAGAGAGGCGAGAAGAGAAGUGCCCCUUUCUAGAAAACUCUGGUUCAGAAGAAGAUGUUCUACAAAUCCUCCAGUACAUGGCCACCAUACUGGGCGUUCCCUUCUGCGAGCUGCGAGAACAUUUCGGAGAAGAGUUCUUUGGCCUCUGCUUUGAAGAAAACGAACGCGUGCUCCGGGCUGUCGGGGGCAACCUCCAGGACUUCUUCAAUGGCUUCGACGCCAUUUUGGAACACAUUCGCACCUCCACGGGGCGCCGCGCCUCAUCCGAGAGCCCCUCCUUCCAGUGCAAGGAUCCCUACGAGGAGGACAAAGGGAGAAGAACAUGGGGAGAAAGCGAUGGAAGAGGAAACAUUUUGCUCCUGCACUGUUUCAACCCGGCCUCCGUCGUCGGCUUGGUCAUGCCGGGGUUCAUCAGAGCCGUGGCCCGGCGGAUCUUCCAUUCGGAGGUUGAGGUGGAAGAGGUGCCCCCUCUGACUCCCCUGUUGCCAAAUGAAGACGCGGAACACGCCGACGGAGGCCCCGCCGCGGACGCCGCGCCCUCCCCCGCCGCCACGCCCUCCCCGUCCCCGUCCCUGUCCCCUCCCUCUCCUUUUCCGACUUCUGUUCCCACCGUGUGCUUGUCCUUCCAAAUCCAGGAGACGAGCCCCCCUUGUCUCCCGCCCGUCCCAAAUGCUGCCUCCUCAGUGAGCACCAACCGCCCCCCGCUUUCACUCUCCACCAACCCCAGUGAUCUGUGCAUUGGCCUGGCCACGUUCUGCCGGGCCUUUCCGUUUCACCUGGUGCUGGGGCCUCGCAUGGAGCUGCUGCAGCUGGGGGAAGGGUUGAGGAAACAGGCUCGCAUUGAGCCUCACCGGACCCUCUUGUUCAGGGACUUUUUUGAGAUCGUCUCGCCCAAGAUGGAGCCUUCGUUCAAGGGCAUCCUGCUGAGGCUCGCAUCCCCGUUUACCAUCCGCACCAGGCCUGAUACCACACAGUCCGGCACCAACGAGAAGGUCAUGGAGUUGAAGGGUCAGAUGAUCCACGUGCCCGAGUCCUCCUCCCUGAUGUUUCUGGGUUCUCCGCGUGUUGAUAAACUGGAGGAGCUCAUGGGCAGGGGCCUCUACCUGUCAGACAUCCCCAUCCACGAUGCCACACGGGACGUCAUCCUGGUGGGGGAGCAGGCCAAGGCCCAGGACGGCCUGAAGAAGAGGAUGGACAAACUUAAGGCCACGUUAGAGCGGACUCACCAGGCACUGGAGGAGGAAAAGAGGAGAACCGUGGAUCUCCUCUAUUCCAUAUUUCCAGGCGAUGUGGCACAGAAACUCUGGCAGGGUGAGCCAGUGCCCGCUCGCAAAUUUGAUGAUGUGACCAUGCUGUUCUCAGACAUCGUGGGUUUUACUGCUGUGUGUGCCCAGUGUACACCUAUGCAGGUCAUCUCCAUGCUGAACGAGCUUUACACACGCUUUGACUACCAGUGUGGCAUUCUGGAUGUUUAUAAGAUCGAAACAAUAGGCGAUGCUUACUGCGUGGCAGGAGGACUUCACAAGAAGGUUGAUAGUCAUGCAAAGCCAAUUGCACACAUGGCUCUGAAGAUGAUGGAACUUUCUGAGGAAGUGUUGACACCUGAUGGGAAACCUAUCAAGCUACGGAUAGGUAUCCACACCGGUUCGGUCCUGGCCGGCGUGGUCGGGGUUAAAAUGCCACGCUAUUGCCUGUUUGGGAACAACGUGACGCUGGCCAGUAAGUUUGAAUCGGGGAGCCAUCCCAGGUGCAUCAACGUCAGUCCCACAACUCACCAGUUGCUGAAAGAUGACCGUUCUUUCUCCUUCGUCCCUCGCUCACGGCUGGAGCUCCCGGAUAAUUUUCCCAAAGAGAUCCAAGGGACGUGUUAUUUCCUGGAGGCGGGGACAUCUCACAGCCACGCCUCGUUGACCAGCUCUCGCUCCGCUCCCCCGGCCUCUAUGAGGAAAGUCUCCUACAGCAUUGGGACCAUGUUUCUAAGAGAAACCAGUUUGUAGGUCCCCUACGCAGACUAGCAUACGCAGUUGUUCAUUGUGUGAGAGGCCCGGAGGUGGACCUGUGCAGCAUGCAGGGUAUGGAUCACAUGGAUCUUGGGAUAUGCAAUGCAUUAUUUUGAAACUUGGAUUCAGACCUCUGAGAUGGCCCACAUAACUGAAAUUGCUGUAAAAUGCUCUCAUUAUCGGUGAAAAAAAAAAACACACCAUGCCCUCAUUUUCUCUGAGCGAAGGAGAUGUGGUUGAGGAAGACUUGAGGAUCAGCAACCGUGCGAGUCCCCUAAGGAGGGGUACUGAUUGGGUCAAUUAGCAGAGAAACCUUAAUAUAUGACAUGGUGAACGAGCUGGAUACCUUGGCGCCGUACUUGGUUUCCAGUCCUCUCCACUGGUCCUCUUUCACAAACACUACCCUGACACUUGUCUGCAGACGACAACGCUAGAAUAAAAUCCCUCUAUCUACGUCAUCACGGCAACCGAAAAGUGGAAAACUUUCCAUCAACAAGGCGGAUGGAGGGGAAUUAAGAUGUAUGGACUGUCAGAAGACGGCAACCUUGUCCCAUGUGUUUGCUGUGCAUCAUGGCCUCUUUGCAGGAGAAACACCACUAAGUGAGGACUAUACGCCCCUUCCAACUGUCUGUAAAUCACGUCAUGCUCCGCCAAAAGAACCACACCUCUGGUAUCUGCUGCUCGUUACACGACUAGCUGGUCGCUGUGGGGAGGUCGGGAUGAGAGGCGUAAACAAGGUUUGAAAAAAACAAACAAAGGGGUCUGUCUUACAAAAGACAAAUGCCAAAAACAAUUACCGAGUUGAUCUUGGAACCUUUUUCUGCUUCUGACCCACAGCAAACUAUAACCAACAACGAUCCAGCCAUUUUAUUGCAGGUAAUAUGUUGAGGACUGAAAACUAUUCCCAGCUCAGUGCCUUUUUACUGCUCGAGUCAGGACAAAACACAACGUGGGUUCAUUUUGAAUAUUUGAAAAGCAAAACAAAAGGAGCGCUUAAUUUAUCUCACGCUUCUACUUGUUACAAGACAUCCUUUACAACACUUUAUGAACGCUGGAGGGAAAUUCAUGUGCCAAAGGCCACAUUUGGAGCCGCCUUGUUGCAAGCAACCUUAUCGGAUCAAACCUCCAGGAGUCCCGACUAGAUGCAUCUUUCAUUUUUAACCGGUAGGGUAAAUCAAGCGCUUCUCAAAUAGCUCAAAUAUUUGAAAAUCUAAUAAUCUGUUUGACUGUCCAAUCAACCAAUAAUCAACACAACACAUAGUACUGAUCAUAUCGUGCUAUACUUACACAUUGUCACAGAACGCAUGCUUGACACAGUUCACAUUUGCAUACAUGAACUUUUUUUUAUUGCUUAGUUUUGUACUUUUAAAUUUGAACACUAGCCCCAUGCAAAUGUAACCAACGGAUUCAAAAAUAGGACUUAUUAGUUUGUUGCUACACUGAAUAUGAUUUAAUCAGUGGGAUUCUCAGGCGAAGACUUCUGUGUAGCUCAACAAAUAGGAAAACAUUUUUUGUCUGAGAGAAACAUUAACUUUUUCUUAUUUGAACAAUUACUUCAUUAAACUUUCACUACAUUGCUAUCCUUGUUGUCUAAAUGUGGCAUUAGUGAAAUAGAAAUUAUACAUUUAGUUCAUAUCCAAUGGAAUACCUGGUUGUCACAUGUCCACUGAGAAGAAUUAAUUAGUUAGGUAUUAAUAGUAUUAUUAAAAGAAAUGUUCAAAUAUCAAACCAAGUAAAUAUAAAUUUCAUCAUCAUUAUCUCUUAAUUCAAACUUAUUAUUAACGACAAAAUAAUUCUGAAGUAAUCUAGCUGGUUUAAAUUAAUGGUAGUUCCUGUGCCUGGUGUAAGGAAAAGUGCUUUUCUCAAUUGUACAACAAUAUUACAAUAUGACUUCACACCUGAACAGUUAAUAGCUCCUCUUCAAAAGGGUCAGAUUCGACUUUUGACAAUAGAAAACUAUUUUGAAUCACAAAACUCGAUUAAGAAAGGAAAGAUAAC